AUGACCUUGACCUUUGACACGCCGUCGGCUAUGCUUGACUAUGUGACACGAAAUUGGCGGACGCGGUUUGUAACUGUCGAUCUCUGUACAAGAGAGCACGUCGAGCGAUUCAUAAAACGACCUUUCUUCAUGCUGCUGAGCGUCGAUGCGCCGAUACUUGACAGGUACCGCCGAUCAAACAACCAAUCUCUGGAAGAUUUUGUGCGCGCAGAUGAUGAAUACGUUUUUGGGCAAGGCAUACAGGAUUCAAAGAAAUCACUGAAGGGAAUGAAUGAUCUAGUUCAUAUCAAGAUUAUCAAUGAUUUCCGGAGCGUUUCUGCUCUCCAUUCGCAUUUGAAUGAUCUUAAUCUACUAGACCCGUGUCAUCUCAGGCCGGACUGGGACACGUAUUUUAUGACAUUGGCGUCUCUAGCUGCUGAGCGAUCAAAUUGUAUGAAACGGAGAGUGGGCGCCAUUUUGGUCAGAGAUAACCGCAUCUUGUCCACCGGAUAUAACGGCACCCCAAGACACCUAUUGAAUUGCAAUGAAGGCGGAUGCUCGCAUUGCAACGGAACAGCUGUACUCAGCGACGAUACGAAUCAUUGUAUAUGUCUCCAUGCGGAGGAAAAUGCGUUACUAGAAGCCGGAAGAGAGCGAGUCGGCGCCGGAUCAGUGUUGUAUUGCAAUACGUGUCCUUGCUUGAAAUGUACAAUUAAAAUCAUACAGACCGGUGUAACAGCAGUUGUUUAUAAUUUAUCAUAUAAAGUAGACGCAGCGUCGGCACAGCUGUUCAAACAAGCAGGAGUGCAACUGCGGCGGCAUCGCCUGCCAGGCCAAGAUAGCCAUCCUUUCGAUCUAAAUGGCGUAGAAGAAGUGUAA